GCAGCUGCAGGGGUCCUGACUCCAAACACAGCAAAGAUGGCGGCAGCUUCCAUGAUGCCGAUUUUCAGCCAGAACGUUUCUUCUAAAAGUGACCUGGUUCCGGACUGGACCCGCCAGGAAGUUAGCACAGGGACCACCAUCAUGGCGGUGGAGUACGACGGAGGAGUCGUGGUCGGGGCCGACUCUCGGACCACCACCGGAGCGUACAUCGCCAACAGAGUGACGGACAAACUGACCCGGAUCCAUGACCGGAUCUACUGCUGCAGGUCCGGUUCUGCCGCAGACACUCAGGCCAUCGCUGAGGUGGUCUCCUAUCAGCUGGGCUUUCACAGCAUUGAGCUGGACGAGCCCCCCCUGGUGGAGACGGCCGCUCACCUGUUCAGGGCCAGCUGUUAUCGGUACCGGGAGGAGCUGAUGGCGGGUAUCCUGGUGGCGGGCUGGGACCGCAGGAAGGGGGGCCAGGUGUACUGCGUUCCUAUAGGAGGCAUGCUGGUGCGGCAGCCGGUGUCGGUGGGCGGCAGCGGCAGCUCCUACAUCUACGGCUAUAUGGACUCCAACUACAAACCCGGACUCAGCAAGGACCAGUGUCUGGACCUCACCGCCAAAGCGCUCGCUCUGGCCAUGGAGAGGGACGGCUCCAGCGGGGGCGUGGUCCGGCUGGCGACCAUCUCUGAGAAGGGCGUGGAGAGGCGUGUCCUCCUGGGAGACCAGCUGCCCAAGUUCUCCACGCACUGAGCGUGCUCAGUCCAGUUCUGAUCGUGGUGUUAAUAAAGGUUUCACUCUCUGUU